UUCAGGAACAGGGGCGGGAACGUGCCCGCCGACCGCUGUCCCCGGGUCGGGAAGGAAGGCGUCUCAGAGGCCAACUAGCUCGAGUCAGAGGCUUCAGCCAGUCGCCCCCGCGAGGCGAGAUCGGAGAAGCUACGGUGGACCCCCGUCGGAUCCCUCGCCCCGCCGCAGCGGAACUGCAGCCGACCACCGCCCCUGCGGCGCACGUGCGGCGCGCGUCGUUCUUGGUCCCUUCCGGCCACCGUUGCUCUCUGUAGCGCCGCGGCCGUGACCCGGAAGAGCAUUCUCCUUAGCAACUGCGGGACCGCGGCGGCGCCUCCCGGGAGCUACGCUUGUGACACCCGAGCUGCUCGAGGCCGGGAGGACUCCGAGCCCGGGCGGUGGAGGCCCCCCCGCACCUGGAGAGAAGAGGCGACCGUGGAUCCAGCAAUGAGCCAUCCCGACUGCAGGCUGAACCUGGGGAGCCUCAGAGGUGUGUCCUCUGUGGUCAGCCCACGUGGUGUUGGUGCUUCGCCAGGUGACAAAAAGUCAAAGAACAAGUCCACGCGAGGGAAGAAAAAGAGCAUAUUUGAAAAUUACAUGUCCAAGGAGGAUGUUUCAGAAGGCUUGAAGAGAGGAACACUUAUCCAGGGUGUAUUGAGAAUCAAUCCAAAGAAGUUUCACGAAGCCUUCAUUCCUUCCCCGGAUGGUGAUCGAGACAUCUUUAUUGAUGGGGUUGUUGCUCGGAAUAGAGCCUUGAAUGGGGACCUGGUCGUCGUGAAGCUGCUUCCAGAGGAGCAGUGGAAGGUGAUUAAACCAGAGAGCAAUGACAAAGAGACAGAAGGCGCCUACGAAUCGGAGCUCCCCGAGGAGCUCUGUGGGAGCCGUCUGCAGCGGUCCCUGAAAGGCCACACCGACAGUCCUGACGUCGUCGUGGAGGCUCAGUGUGAGGACAGCGGCCCCGAAGACGGGCACGGCAGCACACCCGACGUGCUGGUGGGCGGCGCCAGGAAGCUCGCAGUGUGUGUUCCCGAAAAAGGAAAAGAGGAUGGCGGUGCACCAGCUACGAGAGACGAGGGCACCUCCAGGCCACAGGACGCGAGCGCUGCACCGGAGAGGUCGCCGCAAAGAUCCGCGAAGGUGGUUUACAUCGCGGAGAAAAAGCAUUCCCGGGCAGCAACUGGCUUCCUCAAACUGCUGACCGACAAGAACAGUGAGCUGUUUAGGAAAUAUGCCCUGUUUUCUCCCUCGGACCACCGAGUGCCUAGAAUAUACGUGCCUCUCAAGGACUGCCCGCAAGAGUUUGUGACCCGGCCUAAAGAUUUUGCCAACACACUAUUCAUCUGCCGCAUCGUGGACUGGAAGGAGGACAGCAAUUUUGCCCUGGGGCAGCUGGCGAAGAGUCUGGGGCAGGCCGGGGAAAUCGAGCCUGAAACGGAAGGAAUACUGACAGAGUAUGGUGUGGAUUUCUCUGAUUUCUCUUCGGAAGUUCUAGAAUGUCUCCCUCAAGACUUGCCCUGGACAAUACCACCAGAGGAAUUCAGCAAGAGAAGAGAUUUAAGAAAGGACUGUAUCUUCACCAUUGACCCAUCAACCGCCCGAGACCUUGAUGAUGCCCUCUCCUGUAAGCCACUUGCUAACGGCGCCGCCUACGAGGUGGGAGUGCACAUCGCCGACGUCAGCUACUUCGUUCCCGAGGGCUCCGAGCUGGAUAAGGUGGCUGCGCAGCGAGCGACAAGUGUCUACCUGGUUCAGAAGGUAGUGCCCAUGCUCCCCAGAAUGCUGUGUGAGGAGCUGUGCAGCCUCAACCCCAUGACCGACAAACUGACCUUCUCCGUGAUCUGGACGCUGACCUCGGACGGCAAGAUCCUUAGUGAAUGGUUUGGCCGGACCGUCAUCCGCUCCUGCACCAAACUGAGCUACGAGCAUGCGCAGAGCAUGAUUGAGAGCCCGACUCAGAGAAUCCCGGAGGAGGAGCUGCCCCCCAUCUCCCCGGAGCACAGCAGUGAGGAGGUGCACCAGGCGGUCUUGAAUCUCCACAGAAUCGCAAAGGAGUUACGCAAGCAGCGGUUUCUGGACGGCGCGCUGCGUCUGGAUCAGCUGAAGCUUGCUUUCACCCUGGACCACGAGACCGGACUGCCGCAGGGCUGUUACAUCUACGAGUACCGCGACAGCAACAAGCUCGUGGAGGAGUUCAUGCUCCUGGCCAACAUGGCCGUGGCGCACAGGGUCUACCGCUCCUUCCCCGAGACGGCGCUGCUGCGCCGGCACCCCCCGCCCCAGGCCAAGAUGCUCAACGACCUGGUGGAGUUCUGCGACCAGAUGGGGCUGCCCAUGGACUUCAGCUCCGCUGGAGCCCUCAAUGAAAGCCUGACCAGAAUAUUUGGAGACGACAAGUACUCCCUGGCCCGGAAGGAGGUGCUCACCAACAUGUGCUCCCGGCCUAUGCAGAUGGCCCUGUACUUCUGCUCGGGGGCGCUGCGGGACGAGGCGCAGUUCCGGCACUACGCCCUCAACGUGCCGCUCUACACGCACUUCACCUCGCCCAUCCGCCGCUUCGCCGACGUCACCGUGCACCGGCUCCUGGCCGCCUCGCUGGGGCACAGCGCGCCGCCGGACCUGGAGCCCGGCGAAGUGCAGAAACAGGCCGACCACUGCAAUGACCGCCGCAUGGCGUCCAAGCGCGUGCAGGAGCUCAGCACUAGCCUCUUCUUUGCCGUCCUGGUCCGGGAGAGUGGCCCCCUGGAGUCGGAGGCCAUGGUGCUGGGCGUCCUGAACCAAGCCUUCGACGUGCUGGUGCUGCGCUACGGGGUGCAGAAACGCAUCUACUGCAACGCCCUGCCCCUCCGGUCCCACCACUUCCGGAGAGUGGGCAAGAAGCCGGAGCUCACACUGACCUGGGAACCUGUGGACAUGGAGCAGGAGCCGGUGCAGCAGGUGGUCACCAUCUUCAGCCUGGUGGAGGUGGUGCUGCAGGCGGAGGCCGCCGCCCUCAAGUACAGCGCCCUCCUCAAGCGGCCGGGUGCCGGGGACCACUCGGACCUGCAGGACGAGGAGGACAGCCACCGUGACCUUGAGCGGGAGGACUGAAGGCAGCGUCCCAGCACCCCGCUUACCUCGAGCCCCGCCCGCUGGCUUCCGGAAGAGGACCUUUUGGCACCAAAGGGGAUUUUUAAUUUGGUUUUUAAUAACUCAGGGUUUUAUUUUUAUUUUUUUUCAUUCUAUUUUAUUUUUGCAGCUCAGUUUUUAAAUGAACUGGAGAGGACGGGGGUGCUGGCCGGAGGACUGAGGCCUGGCCAGCGCUCGCAGCGGCGGAGUGGUGCCUGCCGGUCCCCCCGGGAGGCCAGCCCCGCUCUGCCGGCCCCCCGGCCUCCCCCGCCCCGGGAACGGGCUCCGCAGCGAAUCAGUGUCAUGGAAUAAAAUCAGAUGUGAAGGGCGGUCUGGUGUGCGAGGCACCGCUGCCGGGAGACCAGGCGGCGGCGUGCCCCUGGGCCGGGGGCCAGGGACGCGGCUCAGGCUCCGCCCCCACAGCCGAGCUGGGGUCGCCGCCCUCGGGAGACCUCCUGUCAGUUCCAGGGCGAUGCACAGGGCUGGCCACACGGCCGACUGAUGCCGGCACCUCGUUCCAGCUGAUGAGAAGAGUAAUCAGUAUGCAAGGCGGCCAGCUCGCACCCCCGUGCUGCUGCAGCGGCUGUGUCCCUCCCUGCCACACCGUUUCCUCUCUGCCUGCCCGGCGCUGGGCCGCAGGAUCGGGCCGGGGUCCUGUGAGACCCCUCCCCCUCCUCCGAGGCCAGGGCCCUGGCCCCGGCCCCACCCCUUGUCCGGCAGGAACCUCAGAGCCUUCAGUCCUGAUCCCGCACCCCGGCCACACCCAGGAGCAGGGACAGCUAGGGGGCCCGGGGCCUGCCGGGUGUGAGGGGGCCCUUAAACCCGCCUUCACAGCCGGGGGUUGCAGGGAGAGCGCGGGCCCCCGGCGGCCCAGCCUGGCCCAGUCACGGCUCUGGCAUCCUGACAUCCCUGUCCCACUACCUCAGGGACGCAGGGACAGGCGCGGUGGGUCCCUGGACAGCACCCCCUCCCCGCAGGCCUGAUCUCAGCCUGUACUCCGUCCCCAACAACCUGGGGGGCCGCAGGUUACAGGUUGGCGUCCCCAGGAGCUGCCAGAAAUGAGCGUGAGAACCGGGGUAACCAAGGGCCUGGGGCUCACCUCGCCGUUUCCAGGGGCUUGAUGUUACCAGAUACAAGUCCAUCUGGUCUAGUUACGGUGCACUUUCUUUUCUUUUCUUUUUUUUUUUUAAAGAUUUUAUUUUUAGAGAGAAAGGAAGGGAAGGAGAAAGGGAGAUAAACAUCACUGUGUGGUUGCCUCUCACGUGCCCC